AACCUGGGGACAGAUCUGGAGCUGUUGUUGAAAGAAAUUAGCUCUGUUUUUCUAUUCUUGGAUAACCCCUUUAAACUAAGUAAUAAUCAAGAAAGGCUGUGGGGUGGGGUGUUUGAAUCCAGAUAUUUGAUGCCUCAAAAAAAGGGGACAUUAAAACCGGAGUAACACAUUUACUGACUCUUGUGUUGGGUGGCUGGUAGUAAGCCACCUGUAUAGACAAGGAAGUUUAUCUGCAUCGUUAGUGCUAGACAAGCAGGUUUUAUUUUGUGUUUAUGAAUGUGAAGGCUCAGCUAGGAUGACAGAUAGGAUAAAAACAACCCAGCACACAACACUAUAAGAGGUAUUUAUCAUGUGCAAUUUAUUUUGUAAUUUUUUUUUUUUUUUUUGAAAUAGCAAAAACGGCAAACAUUUGCAUGCUAAAGCUGUAGUGUGAACAUUUGCCAUUUUCAUUAGCACUCGCCAGGCGGGUAUGUUUUUUUUGGAAUUGGGCGUGGAUUCCGAUGAUGUGGGCGUGGUCAUCCAAGCUCCCCCAUUUUUUUUGCAAACAAGAGUAAACUGCUGUUGAAAUCUCAGCUAGCUCAUAGCUAGUGGAUAUUUUAGCAUUGGGGCGGGGGCUCACUGAAUUAUGUAAAGCCAUUUAUGUGGGACACUUUUUAGACCAGCACGGUCUUCAUAAGUGCUCCCUGAUAUGUCAACUAAGCCUGAUACAGCAGGGUGCCUAGGGCAGCAUGAACACUAAUUAUGGUGGUUUGGAUGUUACGUUCUUUCUCUGACAUUGCUUUCCUCCUUUCUAAAUUCAUACACCUGUGUCCUGCCGGAGUCUCCCCUGGGAUCCCUGUAUGAUGUGUUAUUGUGGAGCACAUAGUGAGAAGCCGACAGACAUCAGAACCUGCUUCACCAUGAGAGUCCUACUGCUCGUCUCUGUUCAGACCAUACUGAUGGCUUCAGGUUAUUGUUUUAAGUGUAUAACCUGUAACAAGUCUGGCAGCAUAGAAUCGAUUGACUGCCAUGGGCCCAGCCGUCAGUGUGGUUUAUACCAAAUGUGCCUUACUAUGUAUAUAAGGACAUUCAAUAUUCUGCAAAGACAACUCAGUCGUGCGAAUACAUAUUACAUAAGUAGACAAUGUGGGGAUCCAACAGAUUGUGGAAAUAGAGGCACAAUGUCAUCCCCAUCACAUAAAAUGGCAUUCGUCAUAAAUUGUUGCAGCCCAGAUAACUGCAAGAUUUCGAUUUCCUCAUUGCGAAAACAAAAUAAUACACAUAAUGGACUGGUGUGCCCCGCGAUGUCUACCUUCUUAGAGGUUAAAAAUGAACCGACCUAUGCCAUGAAGUGCACUGGAGAUGAGACAAAGUGUUUCGAGUUUACAAGCGACAGGUCUCCAAAAGAGUAUGUAACUGGCUGUGCAUCAUAUCAAUAUUGUUAUACACAACCCUUAAUUGGGGAUUUCUAUCGUAAUGAUGAUCAUUCAAUGGGCACAGAAAUUGCACAGACAUCCUGCAAGACGGCAAAACCAAUAAGUUCCUUGCCAGUGGACAACUCAUUGAUAUGCUGGCAAUGUCGUGGAUCUGUUGACCAUACAUGUGAGCGGUUUGUGAAGUGUUCAACAGAAUAUGAUGUGUGUGUCACCAUUAUCUCAAAGACUACAUAUGGAAGAAGGCAACUUACAGAGCUGCUCAGAAGAUGUGGAUAUUCAUCGGAGUGUGACAGUGCCGGGAUCAUCACCACGGCUCAGAAGAGCAUAUCCAAAAACACCACCUGCUGUUAUACCGACCACUGUAUUUCUCCAAUACCAACCUUGCCCUCAGAAAACAAUGAAAACAAUGGACUCAUCUGUGAAUCCUGUUAUCUUAUAAACUACAAUAACUGCUCUGGUAGAGAUCAUAUUAAUUGUACCGGGAACGCAACACAAUGUAUUUCUUACACAAAGAUAGAGAUAGAUGAGACUUUAACAAGCAAAGAAGUCUUACAUGGCUGCGCCCACCCCAGUAUAUGUGAUAGUGGAAAUAUAACAGCGACCUUUAAUAAUAAAAUUAUUCAGGAAACAAAAAUAUGUAGUGUUCCAGCAAAAAGUAGUGGACAUUUUCCUAAUAUCCUAUGUGCAACUAUCUUGUUCAUAAUGUGGUCAGACUUAAUGUAGAAUAUGUAGUUUAAGGGUACGUUCCGACAAAGGGAUUUACGGCGUAUUUUACGCUGCAGAUCCGCCGCUGAAGG